GGCUCCCGCCGCCGCGCCUGCUGCAUGCUCGGUGCUCAGCCCCAGCCGGAGGUGGAAGAUGGCGGAGCCGGGGCCGGAUUGCAGCUCUCUGCUCGACGAGGAUCUCUCCUCCUUCGUCUUCAGUUACCUAGCGGACAGCCAGUAUGAGGUGUCUGGAGAGGAGCACCUCUACUCUGACUUCCCCGAGAUCGAUCUGUCCCAGCUGGACGCCGGCGACCUGGACUCUGCUGGCUGCUUCAGCGAGCUGCACUGGGACAGGGAGCACUCGGAGACCGACUCCAGCCAGUACAGCACCGACGACUCCGAGCUCUUCCAGAUAAUAGACAGCGAGAACGAAGCGCUGCUGGCAGCCCUGACCGAGACUCUGGAUGAUAUUCAGGGAGAUGACAUGGGCCUGGCUGCCUUCAGAACUAUGGAAGAGGGGGACACGCUCAGCCCUGCCACCACCUCACCUGCCCCCUCCCCCAAACCCACCGCCCCGGUCACGGGGGGCCCCCCGGCCCCCGAGGGUGAUGAGCUGUCUCUACUGAAGAAGCUGCUCCUGUCUCCGUCCCCUCCGAGCUGCGAGGCCCAGCGGGACGGGAGCGCCCGGCGCCCGGGGACCCCAAAGUGCCGGCCCCCACGGCCCUGCACGAAGGUGGAGGGUCCCCGGGACAGGAGGGCGAGCGUCCCGCAGGCACAGAGCCGCAGCUGCACGGAGCUGCACCGGCACCUCACCUCCAGCACCUCCUGCUCCCAGACCAAAGCCCCCCAGGCGCCCGAGGAGUGCCCCGGCGGCGGCCGCCACCCGUCCCCAGGUGACUGCGCCCAGCACGAGGACGACAGCGACUCCAGCGAGGACUCGCUGAGCUCCGGGGACUCGGCGGAGGAGGGCCCGGGCCCCCAGUUCUCCUGCGAGGGGGAGCUGCACUCGGUGCUGGAGCUGAUCCGCUACAUGCACACCUACUGCCUGCCGCCCCGCAAGCUGCCCGCCCGCGACCCCGCCGAGGGCCGGCCCCAGCCCUGCGGCAGCCCCUACAAGAGAGCCAAACCCGACUGUGCCCCCGGGCAGGGCCGGCCGGGCUGCGCCUGGCAGGCGGCCGGCAGCUGCAAGAAGCCCGGAGCGUCCUUCUCCAUCCUGAAGGAGCUGCUGGCGCGGGACCUGCUGUGCGACGUGAGCAAGCCAUACCGCCUGGGCAAGCCCGUGUACGCCGCCCUGGCCCCGCCGCCCGGCUCCGGCUCCCCCGUGCCGCCCGACGGGGAGGAUGCCGGCGGGACUCGCACGCCCAGAGGCAGAGCAGAGAGCGGCGAGCCCCGGCAGAGCCCCGAGGCGGAGGCGCCGCGGGAGCUGGGGGCCCUGGAGGACGAUGCCGGGAGGCAGGAGGGGAAGGCGCCCCGCAGGCAGGACAGCGCCGCGUAUGCCGUGCGCCGCUCCAAGAGACUCAACCCCGAGCUCGGGCACUGGCUCUCCUUCCUCGAGCAGCCCCACGCCGAGCCCUCCGUGCCCCUGGGCUGCAGGGAGGCCGCGCCCUGCCCGCUGCUGGAGGGGCUCUCUGCCGAGGAGCCGGCGGCCGAAGUGGAGGUGGGGGGCACGGCCCCGUCGGCAGAGCCCCAGCCCCUCUGCCUGGGCUCCCCGGGGGACGGAGAGGUGGCCACGGAGAGCCGGCGCUGUGCCCUCCUGGAGCAGACAGAAACACCCAGGUGUCUCACGCUGUCCUUGGCACAAACUGACCCAACCUUUGGGAAGAGAAACUUUGAGCCAAUGCUGACUGUGGAGCUGUGUGGGACAGCAGGUCUCACACCGCCCACCACUCCGCCAUACAAACCCGCCGAGGAGGACCUGUACAAGCCAGACAUCCCGCAGGAGGCCGGGAAGGAGGAGGGGAUGGCCCCCAGCCCCGGGGACGCGGCAGCCUCGCGGAAAGCGCCCAGGAAGCACCCGGAGAGGACGGAGCUGUUCGCCCACCUGAGCCGGGCGCGGGCGCUGCCCGAGCAGCAGGGCGUGCUCAAGCGGCCCUUCUCCCGCUCCUUCGGGGACCACGACUACUGCCAGGUGCUGAAACCCGAGCCUGCCCUGCAGAGGAAGGUGCUCAAGUCGUGGGAGCCCCUGAGCCAGGUGGAGACGGAGCACAAGAGGAGGGUCCCGGCCGCCCACUACCAGGGGCUGGAGCUCGGCAAGGACGCGGGCACCGAGAUGCUCUGGAAGGACGGCGUCAAGCAGCUGAGAGACCAGGAGAUCAGAGCCAGCUUAACAAAGCACUUUGGCUUUCUGGACAGUGCCCUCGACGACGAGGACAUGGUCUUCUGCAAGACCCCCGAGUACGACACCGUCUUUGAGGACAGCUGCAGUGAGAGCGGCUCCCCCGUGGAGGAGGAUGAGGAGGAAGAGGAGGAGGAAGAGGAGGAGCACAGCGACACCAAGCUGUGCCUGAGGAGAAGCGCCCUUUCCAGGGGCAGUUUGCAUUACUGCUCCCGGAGCAGGUCCAGCUCGGGCUCCUCGUGCUGCCGGUCGCGGUCACCUGCCAGCAGACGCGCCUUCAGGUGUGAGAACGGCGAGCAGUGUCAGGGCGGCAGCGGGCAGCGGGGCCAGCUGAAGAAGAGACGGGAAAAGGCCAUCGGGGAAGGCCGGGUGGUGUACAUCAGAAACCUCUCCAGCAGCAUGAGCUCCAGCGAGCUGAAGAAACGCUUCGAGGUGUUUGGUGAAAUCGUGGAGUGUCAGGUCCUGACCAGGACUAACAGGGGGGAGAAGUACGGCUUCAUCACGUACCGCUACUCCGAGCACGCCGCCUUAUCGCUGAAGAACGGCCCCUCGCUGAGGAAGAGGAACGAGCCCUCCUUCCAGCUCAGCUCUGGUGGCCUGGGGCGCUUCUUCUGGACCAGAUACGCUGACCUGGAUUGCGGCACGGACGAGUCGUCCCCAGCUCCGGUGAAAAGCAAGUACGAGACCAUGGAUUUCGACAGCUUGCUGCAGGAGGCCCAGCUCAGCCUGCAUCGGUAACAGCCUUAACCUUGGAGGAAUACCUCAAUACCUCAGUCAAGGCACUUCCAAUAUGUUUACGUUUUCAAAGAAAUUAUUCAGUCUAUGGCAAGCGAGAGAGCGAGAGAGAGCGAGAGCACGCCCGCAAGAGAGAGAGACUGCUGUCCCCUGAUCGAUGUUUACAUUGAACAAAGCUGCUUCUGUCUGUGAGUCCCCAUGGUGUUGAUGUCUCACUGCCACACGUUAGUCCCCCCUCUGCUUCUGACUGGUUGUUUUAGGGUGAGCCUAGGAGCCCCCCGGCCCCUCUUCCCCCUCCCAGCCCUCCCCAUGCUCCCGCCGUGGAGUUGCAGCUGUGUUCACCAUAACAUUUUUUGUCCGUAGUGUGUGAUGAUGAAAUUGUUCAUUGUGAAUAGAAUCAGGAUUACAAACUAAUUUUUAAUAGAAGAAGAGAAGAAAAAAAAAAGUAUAUACUUAAAAAAAAUGUAUUUAUGGCUCAGAUGUACUGUAAUUCAGAUUUAUUGUACCGCUUCCUUGAUUUUUAACUAUGCACUGUAAUGAGGCACUUGCCACUCAGCAAAUGGGGGGUCAGAGCAGUCAGAGAGCUGACAUUCCCCUGCCUCCCCUGCUGGCAAACCGGGGUGCUCGGUGCUUGCCCCGGGGUCACCCACUUUGCUGUCAAAGCCAUUCUUCGUGCUGGCGUGGCCCGAGCCCCCAGCAUCACCCCCAUGCUGAGCUGGGUGCUGGUGGGUGAUGGAUGCAGCUUUGCAGGCUGCAGAGGCUGGGAGAGGGAUGCAGUGCCUGCAGCCAGCGCUGCUCCGGCCUCCGCUGCCUUUGGAGCCAGGAGAGAGGGGCUGGGGGCUGCAGCCAGCUGGGCAAAUGUGUCCUGCUGGCACAGCAGGGGCAUGAAUGUCUCCGGGCCAUGUGGAGGAGCUGGCUCCUCUCCAGCUCCUUGGAUGGCUGCGAGACUGGCCAGGCCCUGUGGCUUGAUCCACACUCGCUUCCACACCCUGCAAAGCAAGCGGGGCGAGAAGACCUGUGUGUGCUUCCCACUGGGCAGCCAGCCCAAAUCCAGCCCAAAGUAAGGCCAGCCCCAAGUGCGGAGAGCUGGGGCGGGCACAGCACCCACACUGAGCACCCACACUGAGCACCCCCAGCCCCCUGCCCCGUAGCUGAUAAGCCAUACACGUCCCAGCACCCACCCGCACCCCGGAUCCGUCCAGCGCCCCGGGGCACAGCUCUGCCUCUGGCCAAGGGCCCUUGGCGCUGGACUGAAGUGUAAAAUGAACUUGUGGACUUGCCCUCCACGUGUGGGUGUGGUGGGAAGGGGACACAGCCCCCACCAGCCGGAGCAAAGCCCACCACCAGCCGGCCAGAGGCGCUGUUUUCCCAAGGGAGCGGGAACCUUGCCGCUCCUCAAGCCAUCGCCACCUUCUCCUUUUAUUUUUGAGCCCCAGAGACCACUAGGGAUUCAGCCAUCCUCUGUAGAUAGAAUAUUAUAGCCUUAACUCUGCCAAUAGAUAGAUUAGAGUCUCCUGGGGUCUCCCCUCCCCACGCCCUGGGGGUUUCACCCCCGGUUCCCUGGGUAUGUUCCGUCCUGCAGGGAGAGCGACCAAAGCCUGGGAAGUGGCACAGGAUGCGAGGCCAGGAGCCGGAGCCGUGCCAGGGUGGGCCCUGGCAGGAGCAGGAAUGCCGGCAGCGCCGACACCAGCACAGUUCCCUGGCUGUUCCCUCGGGAGAGCCGUGGUUCUGACAACACCAGCCCGGCAGCGCCAGGGCCCGGGGCCACCGCGGGGUCCCCACGCUGCCACCGGUGACCAUCGCUGCCAGGGAACAGCCCUGGUGCCAUUCCAGCCUCAGCAGAGAAAUCUGGCGCCUCUCCCACCCCUAAAUCCCCCGUUCUCAUCCCACCUUAGCGACCACGAGCAGCUCUGGCCGAGACUGAGCAUCUGCUAUUGGCAAUUGCCUCAUUGUAGCUUUGCCUUUUUCUGUCCUAGUAUUUCCUCACGAUGAUGAUGUUUACAUGUGAUUGCUAUAGAGCUUAUGUAGAAUGUAUAUAGCGACACAUUUAGGGUGGGUAGUACUGUCCUGUGCUGUGCUGAUGUUUUUCAGAAAACGAUCAAUCCAAAAGAAAAAAAACCAACAAAAAAAAAAAAAAAAAAGAAAAAAGAAAGAAAGAAAAAAAGAAAAGCAAAUAAGUGGAAUUCUUCCAUCUCCCACUCAGCUGGGGGCACCCGUGGCUGGGCCCCGCUGGGGAUGCAUCAAGGGUGGUGGAGGGGAAGGGUUAGUGCAGAGCUGGGGGGCUCCAGCCCACGCCAGGGGAUCAAUCAGUCACUUCCCAGCGCUGCUUUUGGCAGACCCAGCCCCAGCAUUUCCCAGUGUUUUCCUGUGGCUGGGUGCCCUGCGUCGGCCCCAGCCCAGCUGCUGGGUCCUGAGGCCGGUGCUGGGGAAGGGAAGGGCUGGUCCUGCACAGAGCUCAUCAGUACUGCAGCCCUAGGGUAGGAAGAGAUGCAAUAAGUGGUCUUUGUGGUGCCUGAAGCCUAUAAGUGGGGUUGGGUUUUCUUUUUUUGUUUUCUUUUUUUUUUUUCUUUUUUUUUUGUUUGGGUUUUUACUUUUUUUCAUUCACUUGGGAUGAUUUGUUUUCCUUCCUCCCCAAAAAAAUCUUUCCAGACUUAUGCACUAUGCUUAGAGCCCCUUGGGCUGUAUGCUGCCUGCCCUGGGGCUUCCCCCACCUCUUAGGACUGGGUGAAAAAUAAAUUUCCACUUGAUUCUUUUUUUUUUUAAUUUUGUGGGGUUUUUUUUUUUUUUUUUUUUUUUUUUGUUUUUUUUUUUUUUUUUUUUACUCUAAAGGUGUCUUUAGCUCACAGUGCUCGAGUGUGCAGGAAGGUGGGUCAGGCACAGGGGCAGGUGAGAGCUCCCUCCUGAACUGCCUAAGGGAAAUGGGGCAGGAGCAAAGCAAUGCCCAGGCACUGCUGCCAGGGAAGCCAGAGGUGCCCAGAGCUUUGCAGGAGCUGCCAGGGACUGGGGAUCCCCCCCCCUUUCCCAAGGAUUGCCUUCCCAUCCCACCCAGCCUGUGGGACCCUCACACCCCAGCCCCCUGCAAGGGCUGGGGAUGGGCAGGAGAAGCUGGGAGCAAAAGGGUUUAUUCCGGUAGGCAAUAAGUCAGGAGGAGAUUUAUUUUUUUAAAGCUGUGUGAGUAUAGAACGCCCCCCGGCCGUUUCCUGCAGGUGCUGUGGGCAAAUGCUGAAUGUGUGAAGAGUUUCUGAUAAAAUGCCCCUUUGCUUGUUUUGCACAGGUUUGCCCCAGAAAAACUCGUUGUUCAGGGGCGGCAGCAGGUUUCUGGCUGGAAUCCAGCGCGUCCCUGAGGCUCCGCAGGGAGGAGCAAACGUUUCUGAGUGUGUGGGCUGAAUGCAGAGGACAAUCCCAGGUUUUAGGUUGGAUGCUGCCCCAAAGCAAAGGUUUCUCUCAUUUCCUCAGCACACCUUUCAGGAAGCAGCAGCUCAGUCACCUUGUUGCAGUCCUGGGUCUGGUCUCAGCUCUGUGCCGUGCAAAUCAGUUUUGCAAUUGCAGAUCAACAUGGUUUUCUCCCUUUUUUGGGGAUUUUUUUUUCUUUCUGGAGGUCUGCUGAGUCCUGAGGUACUGGUGUUGGAGCUGAACUCAACACCUGUUCUGUUCUAAGUCCAUCCCUGACAAUCUCAAGCAAUACAGAGCCAAAUGCAGCCUUGGGGUUUCAUUUUGGGGUUUCAUUCCUCUUCCCUCGCCCUCCCCGGGGCCAGGGGCAGCAGCAGGAGCUGGGGAGGGAAUGUGUGAGUGCAUGUGAGAAAGAGAGAGAACGGUUCAAUUGAUGCAUUUCUUCAGAAAGGUGUAAGAAUUUCACCUAAAAAGGGGCACAUCUGCUUUGUUAUUUAUAUAAAAAAGCUAAAUUCUGUGUUUUUCUUCUUUUUUUUUUUUUAAUGUAAAAGGACACUGCUCAUAAUUAUUAGGGGCCAAUUCUGCCUCUGUUGCUCAUGCUCAGUAAGUACAACUUAACUCUGCAAUUUUCUACUUGCAGAGUAAGUAAAAGCAGAAUUGAUCCCUCUAUGAUUAAGAAUCAAGUUUUUAGUAUUUUUUUUUAAUUGGUAGUGGUUUUUUUAUAUUUCACUUAAUUUUUCCCCCAGUUCCGUUCUGUUGUGUCCUUAUUUAUGUAAUAUACUUUAACCUUAAGAGAUGGCAUGGAUUCUUAUGCCUUUCCUUUAUUAUUAUUGUUAUUAUUUUUAAAAAAAGAAAAGAGAUUUAUUUCUAGUGUGAUUUAACUGUCUACCUUCUAAAAUGAGAGAACGUUUUCUUGUAUUUUUACAUUGUCAGAUUCUAUAGUUUCAUAGAUAAUUUAACCAAAUCGCUCAAUGUAUUCUCUAUAUCUAUCCAGUGGGUAUAAAAGUUCUAUUUUAAAUUGUGUAAAUACUUCAGAACUGGCUUCUUUUUCCAGACUCCCCUGCCGUGGAGUUUCUUGUUUACAUCAAAAAGACUGUAGAAUCUCUACGCUCAUGUACUGUAAAUAGUGAAGUGAUCUGCCUAUAAAUAAACGAUAACAUAUAUACUAUAAAGUGGAAACAACACAAAAA